GACCAGAGAGCGGGCGAAGAUGUCGGAGGUGCUGCCCUACAGCGAGGAGAAGCUGGGGCCCUACGGCGACGGGGCGGACGUGGGGCAGCUCUCCUUCACCUGCCGCUUGCAGGACACCAACAACUUCUACGCCGGGGGCCAGACCAAGCGGCCUCCCAAGCUGGGCCAGAUCGGCAGGAGCAAGUGUGUUGUGAUCGAAGAUGACCGAAUUGACGAUGUGCUGAAAAACAUUCCCGAAAAACCACCUCCAGGCGUUUAAAUCUCCCCACAGAGACACUGAGUCACAAAGAGGGGAAAUACGAUGAUUUACCUUGUAAUGAGUGUUGUUGGGGUAAAAAAAAAAAUCGAACAACAUCAAAAUGAGGGGGGGGGGGAAGCAAACCAAUAGCACUUUGAAGUUCUUCACUGCGAAGCCAGUGAUCUAUCUUGCGAAUUUGCAAAUUGUAUCUUAAUAUCUGGCUGCGACGCAGACGAAGAUGACCGAGGAAGGUGGCUUUUGCUUGCAGGCUGCCUUGUCCUCACAAACCAGUCAAAACUGAAAGAGCAAAAUAAUUUUUU